AAGCCAUUGUAGUCGUAGGUGCAGCAGUCAUUAUCGUUCUCAUCACUCAAUAUCAACCCACGUAAUGCGCCAUCCCGAGCCGUGAUGCAAAAAAAAAAAAAAAGAAGAACUAAGUGGUACAGUAUGGUACAGAGGAUAUCCCAAUUUCAUCUCAAUAUUAACCGGCAUCACAUCAUGUCGGAAUAUGUGUAUUAUUUUGACGCUCUGCUGGAUCAGUUAGUCUUGUAGGAAUAGAAACAAGUCAUAGUCCACACCGACUUUUGGAGGCUUGUUGUUCUCUCAUGCGGUUUCCGGAGAUGCGGGUAGUAAAAGAGGAAGAAGACGACAACAGCGAGGAGAACCACAAGAGUAGGGAGAAACAUAAAGGUGAAGAGGAAAACGCUGAGGCCAAAUGCGGCGUGCUGGCCAGGGAACAAGGGACGAAGUAUGAGGUCGAGAGUAGCAGCGAGCAUCUGGUCGGUGUAGAUAUGAGUCCGUUUUCCAGCCGCCGGCCCUUUGAACAGGCCGAAUUAGAGAAUCUGGGCGUCGACUGGGUCCUUCAAUACCAGUUUGAGGAUCUUACCGCAUCCCAAGCCACGGACGAGUUCCAGGCGCUUGUCCAAACCCUUGAGGAGGCUCAUCUGCAAAUUCAAGUACGACAUGGACAUGGAGCAUCGCUCUUGAUCUUUAUCCGGGUCCCCCAUGACCGCCUGGGGAACAUGAUAUACCAAUCCCGAGUAAAAGACUGGCUGUACGGAAUCACUCACGAACUUCCCACCGGCGUCAGGAAAGAAACAGUGGAACCGGACACUCCAGCCGAAGCCCUUCGAUCGGUGUACCAUGCAGUGACCUGGAGCAAAUCACAGGGAGGCGCGGGAAUCACUCCCGGGCUCGGCAAAUGGAAGAAUAUCACGGCAGCAUUUCCCCUACAUGACCACUCUGCCAAUGCAGAGCUCCUACGGAAAUGGAGUAGAACGAUCCUUCUGACGGCGGAAGAUCUGGAUGCCAUCCGGGCGCUGUUUGGGGAAAAGGUCGCAUUUUACUUUGCCUUUAUCCAAUCCUAUUCGUCGUUCCUUGUAUUUCCGGCUAUUUCAGGAGCAGUGUGUUGGUAUUAUCUCGGCUCGUACUCAAUCACCUUUGCAGUCCUAAACUGCCUCUGGGCCAUUGUGUUUGUCGAAUACUGGAAAAUUCGAGAGACAGAUCUUUGUAUGCGAUGGCAUGUUCGAGGAGUCGGCGUUCUCAAGGUCACUCGUGCCCAGUAUAUCUGGGAUAAGGAGGUCAAAGACGCUUUUACGGGUGAAACGCUUCAGGUCUUUUCAGCCUGGCGACAGUUUGCCCGCCAGCUAUUACUAGUCCCGUUUGCCUCGAUCGCUAGUUUAGCUCUAGGGGGCUUGAUCGUCGCGACCUUUGGUCUCGAGGUCUUCAUUUCCGAGGUGUAUACUGGCUCCCUCAAGGGGUACCUAGAGUUUCUUCCCACCGUGAUUUUCUCUCUCUCUCUCCCAUCCAUUACGAACGUGCUCACCAGCAUUGCAACCCGCUUGACAGACUUUGAGAACUACAGAACCCAGGACCAGUAUGAGCUCUCCCAGACCGCAAAGAAGUUCGUGAUGCAUUUCAUCACAGCGUUUCUCCCCACGAUUCUUACAGCGUUUGUCUAUGUCCCGUUUGGCACUCGGAUUGUUCCCUAUCUCAGCAUGAUGCCGAUCCGACGCGAUUCCAUGAGGAUCUCUCAUGAAUUCCACGUGGACACCAAUCGGUUGCAACAGGAAAUCAUUUACUUGUCUCUCACUGGCCAGGUGCUGAGCUUCGGGGAGGAGGUGGUGCUUCCCUACAUCAAGGGAGUUCUCUGGCGGAAAUGGCGCAAUUAUCAGGACCGAAAGGAGACUACGCGCCGUAGCCGACGUUUAUCACUGGCCACCAAUCACAUCUUGGUUGAUUCGGUGGAGGAAGCUACCUUUCUAUCCCGAGUCCGAAGCGAGGCGGGGGCCGACGAGUACGACGUGCACGAGGACAUCCUGGAGAUGUGUGUUCAGUUCGGGUACUUGACCCUCUUUGGUGCAGCCUGGCCACUGGUGGGCCUUGGGUUUUUGAUCAACAACUGGCUUGAAGUGCGGGGAGAUUUCUUCAAACUGACCCGAGAAUGCCAACGGCCGCCUCCAGUCCGCACAGACUCGAUUGGCCCCUCCCUGGAAGGGCUCGAGGUUCUGACUUGGCUCGGAGCGCUGUCCACGGCGGCGAUUGUCUACCUGUACCGAGAUGGCCUGGCAGAUAUGCAGCUGUCAUCAUUCCUCUUGACGAUCCUCUUGGCCGAAUGGGCAUACCUGGCAGCACGGUUUGCAGUGCGUACCGGUCUCCGCAAGGUCUUAUCGGGGGCCCUGCGAAGCGAGUCUGCGCAGCGAUAUGCCUUCCGUAAAAGUUACCUCGACGCCGCCACCAGUAGCAGUCCAACACGGGGAAAUCUGCGAGUGCGCUUCCGGGACCGUGUCAGUGUGUACACUACGGCCACUGAGCCUCCCUCCCCUCAAGAGGACGAUGUCUUGCGGCGCGAGGGCCGCAUUGAGCCAGAGGCGCAGUUCUGGGCAGCGACCCGAUCGGAAACUAUCAAAGAUGGUCUGAGGCUGGUCAAGGCGUUCUGCAACUCAAACAUCACCGAAAAGGGGGGGGCCUCGGUGGAAGAUCGCAACGUCGUCAUCUCACGGCCGCAGCCGAGCGACACAAGCUCGACCCCGAUUGGCAAGGCAUCACCAAUAGAGGGGGUCUGGCAGGCACGACCGAAAAACGAAGUCUGGCGUGGUACAACUGGACUAGGGUUCCGGAGUCUCCGGAUAACCCUCUCCACACUGCGGUGGCUGAGGGAAUUUGGACUGGGCCGACGUGUAUUUCAGGUUUUCUUUAUUUCUUUUGGUUUCUUAUUCGGGUGUGUAUGUGUAUAUCGGAAUAUGAGCAGUCGUGACGCAAACGUGUGCUCUUGA